UGGGGGGGUAAAAUGGGUAAUAUAGAAAGCGUGGACGGCCAGUCGGACAUGAAGCAUCACAUCAUGCCUCUCAAGGUCCCCAUGCCUGACCCCACCGAGCUGGAGGAGAAAUUUGCCAUUGUUUUGAAUUCUAUGAAUCUGCCUCCAGACAAAGCCCGGCUCCUCAGGCAGUAUGACAAUGAGAAGAAGUGGGACCUGAUCUGUGAUCAGGAGAGAUUUCAGGUGAAGAAUCCGCCUCACACCUACAUCCAGAAGCUGCGAGGAUACCUAGACCCCGGAGUCACUCGCAAGAAGUUCCGCAGACGAGUGCAGGAAUCCACAAAAGUCUUGAGGGAGCUGGAGAUCUCACUGAGGACCAACCACAUUGGGUGGGUCAGGGAGUUCCUCAAUGAUGAGAACAGAGGUCUUGACGUCUUGGUGGAGUACCUCUCUUUUGCUCAGUGUGCUGUCAUGUUAAAUUUUGAGGGGCUGGAAAAUGGGGAGGAUGGCUUCUUGGAUAAGGCUAAGUCUUGGAGCAGGUCCAUAGAGGAUCUGCACCGUUCCAGCAGCCAACCCUUCUGCAACACACUGGUGCGCUCUGCCCGCCAGUCUGUCCUCCGCUAUGGCACAGUGUCCAACAGCAAAACCAUCAAAAACUCCCGUCUCGUGAGCCAGAAAGAUGAUGUGCACGUGUGCAUCAUGUGCUUGAGGGCUAUCAUGAACUAUCAGUAUGGCUUCAACAUGGUCAUGUCUCACGCACACGCAGUCAACGAAAUUGCUCUCAGCCUGAACAAUAAGAACUCACGGACGAAGGCCUUGGUCCUCGAGCUGCUGGCUGCUGUUUGUCUGGUCCGAGGAGGUCACGAGAUCAUCCUUUCAGCAUUUGACCACUUCAAAGAGGUGUGUAAGGAGAAGCAUCGCUUUGAGAGACUGAUGGAUUAUUUCCGCAGUGAGGAGGGAAACAUUGACUACAUGGUUGCUUGCAUGCAGUUCAUCAACAUCGUGGUGCACUCGGUGGAGGACAUGAACUUCCGGGUCCAUUUGCAGUACGAAUUCACCAAGCUGGGACUGGAUGAUUACCUGGAGAAAUGUAAACACACAGAGAGUGACAAGCUGUCGGUGCAGAUCCAGGCCUACCUGGAUAACGUGUUUGACGUGGGUGGUCUGCUGGAAGAUGCAGAGACGAAGAAUGCCGCUCUGGAGAAGGUGGAUGAACUUGAGGAGCACCUGUCCCAUGUGACGGAGAAGCUGCUGGAAGUUGAGAAUGAAACAAUGAUGAAAGUAGCUGACCUUGAGAAGGUGCUCCUACAGAAAGACAAGGACCUGCAUGCAAUAAGGGAGACCUACGAGUCAACCAACACCCAGGUCACCACUCUGAGGAGGGUGAUCAAAGAGAAGGACGCUGCCUUCCAGAGGCACUUCAACAUCGAGAGGAGGCUGCUGGAGCUCGAACAGCAAGGCACCAUCCGUCUGCACAAGAAGGCUGAUGGAGAUAUUGCCAUUGAGGCGCUGGGUGUCGGUGGUGGUGUUGGGAGCAGUGGUCUUGGGAUCCCAGUGGGGGACAUCCGUCAGCUCUCUUUGGGUUCAACAGCUGGAUUCAACGCUCCAGGAGGACCAGACAGCAGUUUACCGCCAGCCAGUGAAGCCCCUCCACCUCCUCCUCCACCUCCACCGCCACCUCCUCCGCUUCCCUCAGCCUCAGGCCACUUCAAUGCACCAGCCCCACCACCUCCACCUCCUCUCGCUCCACCUCUGCCGGGCGCGUCUCCAUCAGUCAUCCUGAGUGUGGGUCUCUCAGCCAUUAGAAUCAAAAAGCCAAUCAAGACCAAGUUCCGCCUGCCAGUGUUCAACUGGACGGCCUUGAAGCCCAAUCAGAUCAACGGCACAGUUUUCAAUGAGAUCGACGAUGAACGUGUGCUAGAGGUGCUGGACCUGGAACGGUUUGAGGAGCUGUUUAAGACCAGGGCCCAGGGUCCCAUCGUGGAUAUUUGCUGCACCAAGAGCAAAGUAGCCCAGAAGACGGCAAACAAAGUCACGCUGCUGGACGCCAAUCGCUCCAAGAACUUGGCCAUCACACUGCGAAAGGCUAACAAGACCACGGAGGAGAUCUGCAAAGCAAUAGAGAAGUUUGACCUCAAGGCCUUACCCGUUGACUUUGUGGAGUGCCUGAUGCGUUUCCUGCCCACGGAGGGGGAGGUGAAGGUGUUCCGUCAGUACGAGCGCGAGCGACGCCCACUGGACCAGCUGGCGGAGGAGGACCGGUUCAUGCUGUUUUUCAGCAAGAUCGAGAGGCUCACGCAGAGAAUGAACAUCAUCACCUUCGUCGGGAACUUUUCUGACAACAUCAACAUGCUGACGCCGCAGCUCAAUGCAGUCAUUGCGGCUUCUGCCUCCGUCAAAUCUGCACCAAAGUUGAAACGGGUGCUCGAGAUCAUCUUGGCCUUGGGGAACUACAUGAACAGCAGCAAGCGCGGCUGCGUUUAUGGCUUCAAAUUACAAAGUCUUGAUCUGCUUCUAGACACCAAGUCCACAGACAGGAAGAUGACGUUGCUCCACUACAUAGCUCUCAUUUUGAAAGAGAAGUACCCUGAACUGGCCAACUUCUACAACGAACUGCACUUUGUGGAAAAAGCUGCAGCAGUAUCUCUGGAAAAUGUGCUGCUGGAUGUCCGAGAGCUGGGGAAAGGCAUGGACCUGAUCAGGAGAGAGUGCACUCUGCAUGACCAUUCGGUCCUGAAAGGGUUCGUCCAGGCCAGUGACACACAGCUGGACAAGCUGCAGAAGGACGCCAAGACGGCAGAGGAAGCCUUCAACAAUGUGGUGAACUACUUUGGAGAGAGUGCCAAGACAACUCCGCCCUCGGUGUUCUUCCCCGUGUUCGUGCGCUUCAUCAGGGCGUACAAGGAUGCAGUGGAACAAAACGAGCAGAGGAAAAAGCAGGAGGAAGCAAUGAGAGAAAAGUUGCUGGCUGAGGAGGCUAAACAGCAUGACCCCAAGGUCCAGGGCCAAAAGAAGAGACAGCAGCAGCAUGAGCUAAUCACAGAGCUGCGCAAGCGACAGGCCAAAGACCACCGGCCUGUGUACGAGGGCAAAGAUGGCACCAUCGAGGACAUCAUCACAGUGCUGAAGAGCGUGCCCUUCACAGCGCGCACUGCUAAACGCGGCUCACGGUUCUUCUGUGAAGCCAACCUCUGCGACGACGCCAACUGCUAGCCCCUCCCCCCCCCUAAUGCCAAGGUUAUCCAGAUCUCCGAAACCAGCCCUUCCUGAGAGCUGAUGCAUUGAUCCGGAGCGGUUGGAAAAGACCAUAAACCACUUAUACCCCCCCCCUCCCUAUCCCCUCACGGUAACCUCCCUCCCUGUGUCCCAAUGGUCUCUCUGAACCCUGAGGCUGCAGGUCACAAAGACUGAAAGUAAGAGACAGAACAGAGGCCCUUCUUGUAACUGGGUAAUUUAUUUAUUUAUGGAGGACCUUUACAGCCACUUUAAGUGAGCAGGCAUCAUUGCGGGCGCACGACGGGUCACUCCUGUCUCACUGCAAACACUUUCCCUGCCCUGUUGCCAUGGAGAUCCGGGAGGGAGAGGGGGGGACGACUGCGAAAGAGGUGAGUGGAGGACUGGGGACCCACGAAGCAGGCUGCCAACAUGCGGAUCUUAUUCCAAAGGCGGCUAAUUUCCUCAGAUUAUGUAACAAAGCGAGAUGCCAACUCUGCAGGGAGGAUUCCCCCGAAGAGACAUGCAGGACAUUCCUCCAAAUAACAGAGAAGCUUGGAUAUUAUAAUCAGACAUUUGGGAGCUUUGCAAAGUUGCAAAGAACGGUUUGUAAGAAAAGUCAACACAUUUAAUUAAGACUCAAUCUGUUUAGAUUUCAAUCCAACUAUUUUUUUUUUAAACAUUGAUUCUGCUGGUUCUUUUUGACAAGCGAGCAAAACCAAAAUGUCUCAAAUGCCAAUGUUUUCGCUUAAAAAGUGCCUUUUUCCGUGUAAACAGUGUUAUUUCUCUUGGAGCAGCCAUAUUUUGUUCAUUUUAGAGCUUGUAUUCUUCUUGCGUUCUAUAACAUUCUCAUAAGCUUUACAAUCAUACAUCAAGUAGAAGGUAAGGGGAAUAAGGAUUUUACAGUUACUCUUUUAUUUACCUCUUGUGCAUAAGUGUCUUAAAGCUCAUGAUUUAUAUUUCGUUGUGCCUUGUCCCAGAAGAUUCGUAAAAAAGAAAAGAAUGUUUUAUGCCUUGACGACACUUUCUGUCACGCUUUAAGAGACUUAAGCAAGUGACAAAUGUAUGAAGAAGAUUCCACACGAACUGCUGAUUAAGGGCUCACAUGACGUUAACCGGUUAGAGACGUGGUGAUGGAUGAACGAAGUCCGUUCCUAAGUCUUCUAUUUUAAAAUGUUAUUUAAUCUCCUGUUUUAAUAGAAAUGAUGCUAUUUCUCCAAACAGCUGUGGAAACUUAAACAUUGGCGUAAAGGGAGCAAUACAUCUUUACACUAAUUAAUUUAGCUCAACAUUGUAUGAGACGCUAUUCUGUGUCAUUUAUAUUAAUGUACGUCAAAUAAAGAUAUUUACUUUUUGAAGAAAUGAUCCAUGAUAUUGUCUAUUGCCUGAAAUAUGACACUUCCUGUUUAAUAAAUGAGAUAAACAAUG